UAAAAUGCAAGGAGGGAAAGAGCAACUUACCUGGCGCUGCACUUGAAGAUGAGGAUGACGGUGCUGGUGACUGCUGCUCUCGUUCGACUGCUCUCCCUUCUCUCCCCGCUGUGCCCCCCUGUCCUCUCCUCCUUUGAUUUCUCAGUUUCUGAGAUGAACGAGCUGAGAAAGUAUUGGGACUGUUAUCUUCUACGAACGAGAUUACAGGCGAGAGACGUGGUCCACGAUUGGAUCGAACCCGUUGCAGAUUUUCAGCCAGUUGAAUCGGGAUGGAGAAGACGAACACGGCUGUUCCACCAGCAACGACGGCGUUUCGGCAGCAAGGGAUUCCACCAGCAACGGCAACGUUUCAGCAGCAAUGGACAUUUUCUUUUUGACCCCUGAACUUUGGAAAUUCGGCAAUUGGACCCGUAAUCAAUUAAAAAUUUCUUUUAAUUUUGCCCCUUUUGGAUUAAUUUCAAUUAAAUCCCUAAAUUGGUACACCGUUUACAAAAAAGUCCUUAAUUCCUGGAUUGUUC